CAAUCAAAUGUUCAUUAUUCGCUGCACUUUCCCCUCGAUGAUUCGUUUCAGAAAUAUCGGCUUGCAGCACUUCCCGCAACUGGAAACCGCUCAGAUGAUAGAAACUUACGACGUCGCCGCGUCGAGCAUUUGUCACGGGCUAAAAGGGCUCUCGCAAGGCCAAGGGAAGUUAUGCCAGCUAUCCGUGGAUCACAUGCCGAGCGUGGCGAAGGGUGCGAAAUUUGGAAUUCUCGAGUGCCAGCAUCAAUUCCACGAUCGAAGGUGGAACUGCUCCACCGUCUCUGAUGAGUCCGUGUUCGGACCUAUGCUCAGAAUAGCUAGCAGAGAAACUGCAUUCGUACAUGCAAUCUCAGCUGCAGGAGUGGUGUAUUCGAUCAGUCGAUCGUGCAGAGACGGGCAAUUGUCCUCGUGCGGCUGUUCGAGAAGCAGCAGACCCAGGGAUCUAAAACGAGAUUGGAUCUGGGGUGGCUGCGGCGACAAUCUCGAAUACGGUUACAAAUUUACACAGGCAUUCGUCGAUGUGAAAGAACGUGAACGGAGCUUUAAAAGAGGUAGCAGAGAGCAAGGCAGAAGCCUGAUGAAUCUUCAUAAUAACGAGGCCGGACGUAGGGCUGUUAUAAAACGAUCCAAAGUAACGUGCAAGUGUCACGGUGUUUCUGGAAGCUGCAGCUUAAUUACCUGCUGGCAGCAACUUGCUUCCUUCCGAGAAAUUGGUGAUUUCCUUUUGGAUAAAUACGAUGGGGCAACGGAGGUCCGAGUAAAUAGACGUGGUCGUCUGUCUAUGCGAGACCCGAGAUUUUCACUACCUACGGCAAAUGAUUUAGUUUAUUUGGAUGAAUCCCCAAACUAUUGUCUUCCUAAUGAGACACUUGGAUCAUUAGAGAGUGAAUCUUUAUUAGGUACACACGGGAGAAUUUGCAACAGAACGUCAUCCGGUAUGGAUGGAUGUAAUCUUCUUUGCUGCGGUCGAGGAUACAACACACAGAAAACAACAAUUAGAGAACGAUGCGAGUGCAGAUUUCAUUGGUGUUGCUACGUUGAAUGCAAAACUUGUGUUAAAAGCGUAGACAUUCAUACUUGCAAAUAAAAUUUCGAUCAAUCUUAUUUGAUACUUUCGUAAAGGAAAAUUUGUAUGUACCUUUCACGCGAUAUGUUCUCUUCUCAUAUUUCAGACAGACAUAAAUUAUCAAGGAAUAUAACGCUGUGUAUAUACACUUAAAAUUAAAACAAGCACGUUUAGCAAAAUAUUUUAUUUUACUGAAAUGCUUACUCGUUGUUAUCAUCAUUUAAAAAAUUUCAUGUAUCACAUUUAUCUCAAUACACGCGAAUUUUUUAUUUUAUGCUACCAUGGAUUUUUCUGAUGAAAAUUAAAUACAAGUUUGAAAUUGAAUGCAAAUAGCUCUUAAAAAUUCUGAAAAUAACUGAAUGAUUAAAAAUUUUCCCCUUACAAUACAUAUAUAAAUACUUUUCUACAAUAAUACAUGUAGUAUCAUCAGUAUUCAAAAUUUUAAUUUUAAUUUUUAGAUUAAAGUAUUAUUAUCAUUUAAGAUGUAAUAUAUAAAUUUAUUUUUCUAUAUGUGCAGGAUUUUCUACAAAGUCUCAAUAAAUAUAAGUGCACCUUGUGAAAUCCAGUAACAAAGUAAAAAUAAGAAUUAUAAAUUUUUAUGCAAUUGUUUAUAACGUUAAUUCGACCAAAUUAAGAUUCAUAAAUGACUUGUGAUCUGUGAUUUCAUAAAUAGAAAUAAAAAAUAGAAAACUUCAUAAAUUUUCCGAACCAUUUAGAUAUUUUACUUUGUUAUUUACAAUUAUAACUAUUAUAAUUAUUACAAUUAUAAUUAUUAGUAUAAUAUAUUUGGAAAGAAAUAAUUUUAUUAGCGCACAAAAUAAGUCAGCCUAAUAUAUAGUAUUAAUUUACUUUAUAAGAUUAGUAAUAAUAAAUCCUGCACAGUUGCAUAUGUACUUAUGUAAUAUUAUUGAGUACAGUAAGUUUAUUAUAUUUGUCGUAAAUUAAAUUUUAUUUAAUAUUAAUAUGAUUAUUAUUUAUUUCUAUCUUUGUAUAAUCUAUUCUGUACAAACUUGCAUUAUAACUAAUAGAAGUGCUUGAACAAUAAAGACAAAUAAUAUUGAAAUAAAAUCUUUGUUCCAUUUAAAAGAUAUUUGUGUUUUAAUGUCCUUUCUCAAAUUUCUUCAAAACUUUAAAAAAUAAAAUUCAAAAGAUUAAAAUUUUAAAAUUAUUGUAGUUUUUUUAGUUUGCUCAAAUUACAGACUGUAAUGUAUGAAAUACGUAACUCAAAAUAAAUAAUACAUAAGACACAAAUUGUGUAUUAUAUAUUUAUUGUUAUAUCAUAGUUUUAA